UAUCCAUAUUGAACACAAUACAGGGUUCAAGCUGCUUCCUACACUGCCCAGGGGGUAAGUGAGCCUGAGCCUAUCUUCUCCCGUUAAUUCUUCUUUCUCUCACCUGAAACUCCAUAGCUAAAACCUCAAAGCUCGAGAAAUACACCAAAAAUGGCUUCAAUUAACUUGGGACCAAUUGGUGAACACUGGUUUCACUGGUUCGAAAAACCCUCAAACCCAAUUUCAAUCCCCAAUUUUCUCUCUCUAACUCUCUCCCAAAACCCUCCUAAACCCCUAUUUUCCUCCCUCUCUCUCUCCGACCCAAAAAACCCUAAGAACAAAAAACCCUCAAAACCCACAACAAAAUACAAGCAAAUGCUGGACCAAUUCUGGUGGGAAUGUGAAAAUUUACCAGAUGUUCGUCACACCCCAGAAGUAGAAAAGAUAUUAAAUGAAGACCCAGUUUUUGAUACCAAAGAAAACCCUACAUUAGAAGAGAUUGAAGAGAACAAAAAAUGGUGGGAAGAGUUUAGGAGUAGUCCAGUUAUUGAGUUUUUAAUAAGGGCAGAGGAGAUUGCUGAUGCUUAUAAUGAAAUGGAGCUUAAGGAGAAUGAUAGACCUUAUAGAGGAGAGGAUGCUAAGCUUUGGAAGGCGGUUCCGAAUGUUCCGGGUUUGGAUGGGAGGCCUAUGCCUAGGAAAGCUAUUCAGUCUCAGGAGGAAUCUGAUGAUAAGUUUUGGGAUUUUGCAAAGCAGUUCUUUUUUGGCCUUUGGGGAUUUAGCCAAAGGCCUUAUCCUCCUGGAAGGCCUAUUGAUGCUGCUCAGGCUAUUGGGUAUAAAAGGCUCGAAAAUCGGUAUUAUGAUUUUGCAAUGAAGACUGGUGGCUGGUUCUACAAGGAUCGUUUGGGUCGUUCGCGAGGACCAUGUGAGCUGAUUCAACUAAAGACUGCAUGGGGUGCAGGCAUAAUUGACACUCAUACUUUCAUUUGGGGAGAGGACAUGGACGAGUGGGCGCCUAUAGGCAUGAUUUAUGGCUUAGAGCGCGCAAUUGCGACUUGGGAAGUCAGGUUUGGAGCAGCUGCUACAGCAUUUCUCCAUAAGCUUCAGAAAGGAAUGUCUCCUUGGGUCCCAUUGAAGGGGCAUGAAAAGAAAACCUAUAAGCAACUGCAACAGGAAGCUAUAGAAAGUAAGAAGCGUGAUAUGGCUGUACUCAAAGCCAAUGAUGGCUACUGGCCUGGAGUAAGAACGCCAAGUCAUGCUCUCUUUCUGUGGGCUAGUGGUUCUGAGCUGACAACAAUGUUGGAAGGUGAUCACAUGCCGAACAAAUACAUACCAAAACAGCUGAGGCAGCAACUGGCCAAAGCCAUCCCUGGUUUACGUCCCUGGGAGGUUCUUAGUGUAGAACAGGCCAUGGACCAAAUAACGUACGGCGGACAAUGGUAUCGUGAGCCUCUUGGCAGCUAUACAACUGGUCCUCCAUAUAUAAGCCACUGGAAUGAAGAUGUUAAGCUGAUUUUCAAUAUAUUCCGUGAUCUAAGUUACCAGAUCAACAAGAAACUGAAGCGUUUUGUCCCCGGUUUGGAUAAACUCAGGGUCAAAGUCGAAGCCGAUUCUUCAGAAAGAUUAAGAAACAGGGUGAGAAAGAGGAAAGAAGAGAAGGAGGCCAUUUCAGAAGCAUUGUAUGGGGGAUAUAAACAUCGUCCAUCUUAGAAUGUUAUCAGAUUAUACUACUUGCUUACUAGUGAAGUUAAGUGAAAAGGAUAGCAACCGUGUUUCGGGUUCUGCUGUUGAUGGUGAAUCUUGUUGUGUAGGAGAUGGUUUGUUCAUCAGAUACCCUGUACGUAGUGUUGUAAUUCAUCUCUUUUCUCCUUGUAUAUCAUAUAGUAUAUUUCAUCAUUUUUGCUAUUGAUAUAUCUGCUGCUAUUCUUUUUACAGAUUGCUUCACAAUUUAAGUCAUCUUUAACCUUUGUGUAGGUUGAGUUUUGUAAUUACUUUGAUACUUUUUAGAUAAACACCUGAAUUACUUCGUUUUAUGGCUUUGCUGGUCAUAUUAUUAGAACUUUGGCUAUUAUAUUCUCUUA